CUCCCCCAACUCCAACUCCAACUCUCAUUUCUGUUUUACUGCUCCAUCUAUAACUCAUACACACUCUCUCUUCUAGUUCUUCCCCUCUCUCUCUCUCUCUCUCUCUCUCACUCCUAUUUACCUCCACCCUCCUCACUACCUUCAUUCUGCCCUCCUCUGCCUCUUACGCAGAUUAACGUUCGUGUACAUGGCGGAGGUGAUUGUCAAGCGGCCUUCGCUAACGUGCGCGGUGGGCCCCACAUCUUCCUUACUCCUGCUCCUUGCUCAGCUCCUCUGGUUUCAACAGCUCCAAAAUAUAGCCAAACUGUUGAUGAUGAUGAGCCCAAUGCAAGGGGAAGAGCCGUGUGACGCUGAGGGAGGAGACGGUGAUGACAACGACGACAAUGGUGACGACGAAGUUGACGGUAACGGAGACGAGGGUGAUGGUGAGGGAGGCGUGGAAGAAGGUGCCCCAGGGAACAACCCCAAUAGCAAUGGAAGCGCUAAAAAGAGUCGAGGAGGAAGUGGCGAAGGAGAGAAUGAUGAUGAAGACGAUGAAGCGGCAAAUGGGCACGAUGAUGAUGAAGAUGGAGAUAAUGACGACAAUGGCGCUGAAGAUGACGACGACGAUGACGAAGAUGGAGACGACGAUGAGGAGCCUGAUGACGAGGAUGACGACGACGAGGAAGAUGAAGAAGAAGAGGAGCUACAGCCUCCCAAGAAAAGAAAGAAGUGAAGCUGGGUUUAAGUUACAGACUUACAGUCCAAACCCCUUUUUUUAAAAAGAACUAUGGAGAAUUUUAAUCAAGGCCUAUGACCAUUUCUGGGAGAGACUGAUUAUUUAGAUCAAUCACCAUUUUUAUGUGGAUGUUUUUAAUCUAAAUUCCUCUUGGGAUGCUUUCUUCUUUGCAACUAUGAUUUUGAUUUUGCAUAA